UCUCCGGGGACUAGCGCAGCCCGCGUUCGCCGAGGCUUUGUCACUCGCCUCCAGCUUCAUCCGCGGCCGUGGCUGCGCGAGCCUCCGGGCUUGCUCUCCCCGCCCAGCUGUCCUGCCUCCAGCCCUUAGCUGGGGGCGUGGGGUACGCAGGUGGAGCCCGAGCAAACAGCCGCGGAGCAUCCUUCGCCCGUCCCGGCCGCGCCACCGCCCAUGCUGCAGCCAGUCCAGGGCGGCGACCCUGUGGCCGCAGCCCGCCGCUCGGUGACCCUGCGCCCCGCCCGAGCCUUCCCCGCUGAGCCCCGGGCCCGGGAGCGGAACCCGCGCCCCACGAUGGCUCGGCUGGCGCAGGUUGGCGCCGGGUGCCCGCCAUCCGCCCGCUGAGACGCGCCCAGCUGGGUACCGGAGGGGCCUUGGCGCUCCCCGCUUCUCCUCCCCGCUGCGCCCUUCCCCCUUCUGGGGGCUCCGCCGCUCCUUCCCGGGAGCGAGGGCACAGGGGGCCGAGACAAAGCCCACUUUGUGCGGGGAGUUGGCUGCGGGCGUGGAAUGUGCGCGUCGGCGCGCGCCCCCUCCCCGCGCCCCGCCAGCUGCGAGUCUUGGCUCCCAGACUCGUCGCGUCGGAGAAAUCGCGCGCCCUCACCGCCCUCCGGUCCGGGGGUCCCGGCUCGGAGCUGACGCGGCCUGGAGUCGGGUCGGUCCCCCACCCCGGAGCGCGCGCAGGUGUGAGAGUGCGAUAUUUUGUAGAGGAAUUUGCUUGCCUUCAAAACUGGGAGCUGGGGCGCCCAGUCGGCGUGGGCACUCGUGCCUUGACCCUUUCGUGGCCGCAGAUCUGAGCUGCCUGGCCUCAGUUUCCGUCCGACUUUCCUCUGCCAGCCCAGACUGCUGUCCGUUAUUGUUCUCGCCGUCAAAUGGGGUUGCUUUGUGAAAGCUGCCAAGUUGGGAUGUAUUCUCUAGAUCCCGUUUUUCAAAAAGAACAAGGCCUCUAAGGCUCAUCCGGGACAACCAACCCCCUCUGCCCCGCACUUCACGUUGAGGCACUGAUUUCCGCCCCCCCACCCCAUCAAGUAGUAUUUUAUUGUACGGGAGCCACGCCCUGGUUUCUUAAAGGCGCGUUGCACUCUGUUUGGCCAUGUGUUAUCUCUGCAGCUGGUGUGUGGGAGGCCUCCUGUGAGCCACCUUUCUUACCCCUGCCCGCUGAGACAUCCUCCCACCCCCGUCAAGGAUUUGGGGAUGCCAGGGGGGAAGAAGGUGGUUGGGGGCGGCGGCAGCGGUGCUGCCCCCACUGCCGCUGCUGUCCCCUCUGGGGCCAGGCGUUUGGAGACGAGCGAAGGAGCCUCAGCCCAGAGAGAUGAUGAGCCAGAAGAAGAAGGGGAAGAGGACCUGCGAGAUGGAGGCAUCCCCUUCUUUAUCAACCGGGGUGGGCUGCCUGUGGACGAGGCCACCUGGGAGAGGAUGUGGAAGCACGUGGCUAAGAUCCACCCCGAUGGAGAGAAGGUGGCUCAGCGGAUCCGUGGGGCCAUGGACCUGCCCAAGAUUCCCAUACCGAGUGUGCCUACGUUCCAGCCGUCUACUCCUGUCCCUGAGCGCCUGGAAGCUGUGCAGCGCUACAUCAGGGAGCUGCAGUACAAUCACACAGGGACGCAGUUCUUUGAAAUUAAGAAGAGCAGACCUCUGACAGGGCUGAUGGACCUGGCCAAGGAAAUGACCAAAGAGGCUCUGCCAAUCAAAUGCCUGGAAGCCGUGAUCCUGGGAAUUUACCUCACCAACAGCAUGCCUACCUUGGAACGCUUCCCCAUCAGCUUCAAGACCUACUUCUCAGGGAACUACUUCCGCCACAUCGUGCUGGGGGUGAACUUCGGCGGCCGCUACGGGGCGCUGGGCAUGAGCCGGCGCGAGGACCUGAUGUACAAGCCGCCGGCCUUCCGCACGCUCAGCGAGCUCGUGCUGGACUACGAGGCCGCCUACAGUCGCUGCUGGCACGUGUUGAAGAAGGUGAAGCUGGGCCAGUGCGUGUCCCACGACCCGCACAGCGUGGAGCAGAUCGAGUGGAAGCACUCGGUCCUGGACGUGGAGAAGCUGGGCCGCGAGGACUUCCGCAAGGAGCUGGAGCGGCACGCCCGCGACAUGCGGCUCAAGAUUGGCAAAGGGACUGGCCCUCCCUCCCCCACCAAGGACCGCAAGAAGGAUGUGUCCUCCCCACAGCGGGGCCAGUCUAGCCCCCAUCGCAGGAACAGCCGCAGUGAAAGGCGGCCUUCUGGUGAGAAGAAGCCUUCGGAGCCCAAAGCCAUGCCAGACCUCAAUGGGUACCAGAUCCGGGUGUGAGGCAGGCGGCAGUGCCCCAGCCGCACCCACUUCUGGGGGCCAGGAUCUGCCUGCCAAAACCAGCCUCGCUCCUGGGGAAGUUGGGGCUGAUGAUGGGGGCAGGGUGAGGGGCAGCAGGAAGAGCGUGUCCCAGCUCAGCCACCCAAGAUGCUGCCCCUCCCGCUGGGCCAAGCCCCCUGACUUUGGACCACGAGGCAGUGAAGAGUUUAAUUUUGAGUUUUUAACUCGACAACUGAAAUUUAAGGUAUUUGGGAAAAAACUUAAAACUAAUGGAUCUGCCAGUGGCUGGAAGGCCAGUGCUUAGAGGAUCUAAGUGCCACAGGGCUGGGUGAGGAGGGGUUGCUGGCUCUGCUGGUACCCCUGCCCCAAGGUCUCUCUGGGAUUUGGGUCCAUUCCAUCUAUGGGAAACCUCCCAGCUCUGCUAGGCCUCUGGCAGGACGGGGGGAGGGAUGUUUCUCCAGUCCUGUCUGCCCUGGCAGAAUCUUCACCCAGGGAAAGGAAAGCAGGGUAGGAACCACCCUGAGAAAGGGCUGUGUGGCCCACAUCAGGAGCUUAGCACAGGACACAUCUGCCCCAAGAGCCAGAGCCUGUGGCUCAGGAGGGUUCUCAGGCCCUUGCAGCCCCAUGGACAGUGCUGUGUGGGCUGACAUUGCCUCGUGGCAGGGGCCGUGCUGGGAUGGGCUGGACGAGAGCCCAGGAGAGAACCACUGGGGGAAGGGUUCCCGGACCCCUACCUGGCCUGCUUGCUCAGCCCAGCUCUGCCUGUUGCUGAAGCCGGGGCCUCCCUGCAGAGGGGCUGGGCUCUGCCAAGGGCCUCAGAGAUGCACUGGGCUCAGCAUGACUGUGGGGACUGAAUAGACCUGGUGGGUCCAGGAACCAUGGCUGGCGAUGGGGUGGGACACUCAGGCCCAGGUCUGUCCCCCUGGUAGGUAGUCCCCAGGGACUGCUCCCCCUUCCUAUUACCUUAGCCCUUGCUGGGGAAAUGAAGACCAGAUCAGGCUGCCUGUGUCCCAGCCCUACCUCCCCUCAUUCAGCAGCCUGGGUAGGUGUGGAGGGCCCAGUGAUGAUCAGGCCUGUUGCGUGAGGCUGCUCAUCAGGGAAGAACCUGAGCUGCUGGAGUCUGCACAGCCUGCCUGGCAGGUGUGAGAGAUACCUGGCGGGCAAGUGAGAGGUUGUGGAGAGAGGUUGGAGGGCCUGCGGGAAGGUUCUGGAGGCCCAAGUAACAAAGAGGUGUAGGUCAAGGGGGCAGUGCGGCCACUAAGGAGAGGCAGGGCCCGAGAACUGGGGAAUGUAAGUGAGAAAAGAAUGUGGGGGAGAGUUUAGAAUCAGACGGCCUUGGGGAGUAGUGAGUUCCCUAUUGCUGGAGGUAUUCAAGCAAAGACUAGAUGGCUGCUUGUCAUCUUGAAAGCUAUAGAAAGGAUUUAGGUUACGGAAGGAUAACUGGAUGAGAUGACCAUUAAGGUUUCUUAAUACUGAGAGGCUAUGAUUCAGCCAGGGGCAGCUGGCAGUAAGGCUGCAGCAGGGCUGGGGGCCUGGAGGAGGGAGGACCAGAGCCAGAGUUGUAAACUCAAAUGCCUGCGGGGGCCAGGCAGAUGACUAAAAGGAGGGCUGCAGGGCUGGGUGGGGAUUGUGGCAAAUUAAAGAAAACAUACCCCAUUAAAGCAGCCGCUGUUGCUCAGCCAUUCUGAGCGCAGGCCCUGCAGUAUCAGAUUGCCUGAUUUUUUUUGUUGAGAGGCCAGAACUCUGAAUUUUUAUGUGAAAUAUGCUGAUUUUUAAAUGUUGGCAGUCAGUUCAGAAAAUUGUAAAGCCCAACGUGAAAAAGAAUGCUGGUUUGUAAUCUCUGAAGUAGAGAGGGCUUGGGCUGGGGAGAGGUCCACCGAGGUACUUUGAGGUGGAAAGCAUGAAAAGUUGUAGGCCUCCCAGAGCAGGCCGGGCCAGGGCAGCGUCCUCGCUGCAGAGGCUGCUCAGAGUGGGCAGCUACCCCACGUUCAUGUUCGCUCUCGCUGCAGACCAGAGACACACCAGUAACUCCCUGCGGUUGCUGAGACACCAGAGGGGGUGGAGUGGAAUAGAAAUAGUGCAAUUCUCAGCCUGCCAGGGAGAUGGAUUGUGCCUGAGAAGCAAAGAAAGGGAGAGAGGGAGACAGGAUGCGUUUGCUGAUGCAAGUGCCCGCCAGGGAAGGCACCAGGCUGGCAGCUCUUCACACCAGCAGCUCUUGGCCCAGAGCCAGGCCCAACAGGGAAGCCGGCUGCUCAGUCUCCUGGGUUUCUCAUGGGUCACUGGGCCCUGGGGAGGUGCCUAACCUGUCCCCCGGGCUACACCCCAGCCAGACCAAUCCGAGGGCCACUAUGAGCUCUAACUCACCAUCCCAUCCCAUCCCAGUUUUCAGGGAGAGGGGUGGUGGGUCCUCACGUUCACACAUUCACCUGAGGCAGAGAUGGAUCCGUUUGGGAGGCGUGAGGCUGAAAGUGAGGACUUUUGUGGGUCUGGAUGUGGGUGCCUCGUGCAGGCCGCUCAUUGGCAGACACCCCAGAUGCCCCCGUGGACCACAGGGCUUGAGGGUGAGACGUGAGGGAGCCGCUCCUGGUAUGGGAGCCCAGCAGGGUGCUCUGACCCUCUGGCUCCUUCCCGAGCCCUUUGGGGAGAAGGAAGCAGGACGAAGCCCCAACCCCUACUGCUGUCUUCCAGGGAGGGAGCCGACCACCCACAGCUGAUAACCCCCUAGCACUCCCCCUUCCUCGCUCAGACCUCGGGCCUGUGGACACCCACAGGAUACAGCGGUGCUUUUUAAUUUAACUGUUUCACAUAUGUAGCAACCCCUCCUCCCCUCCUGGGCGUGUUUACACAGGCUCUGCUCCCCAGGGCUGGCCUGGCUGCAGAGUUUCUGGGGAGGCAGAGGCAGGGACUUUAGGGCCUUAGUCACCAUCCUCAGUAUCACCUCAUCUCAAUUCCUGUGAGGGACCGGGCCUCGCUCCUCCCGACUCAGGACUGCCUUCCAGCUCUCAGCGUGGGUUCCUCAGGGGUAGGGGCUGCUGGCUGGGGAGGGGUCAAGGGGAGAGCAGAGAAAGCUGCUUGAUGAAGGGGGUGUCGGCAAGGGGGGGCAGUGAUUGCUCCCCAAGGCCUGGCUGCCUGUGCUCUGUGCUGGGUGCCGGGUCAGAACACUGGGAAAUUGGGUUUCAAGCCUCCCCACCCACCGACCUGCCAGUCCUCUCCCUCCCGUGGCCUCAGUAGUCAUGGUCCCCUCGCCCAUCUCGCCAGCCACCCCAUCCUUCCUGGGCGUGGCCAAGUGGGGAGAGCGGCGCCCCCGGCCCCCAGGUGCGAUGAUGAAGCCUAGGGCCAGGGUUCUGAGCAGCAGAAAGAGCCUGGAGGUUGGCCGUAUCUGGUUUCUGGCCCACUCUGUCAUCUUUUGCCCCCCACCGCUUCCAGCUUCGACUGGACUUACCGGCCCAGGGAUGGGGUCUAAUUCUGGCUGGUGGCGCCCAGAGGCCUGUGUGCCCGUGCGCGCCUGGGUCUCCUGCCUGGGUGGUUUUCGGCUUAGCUACAGCGGCUUCCCCAGGCACCGCCCCCCAGCCUCCGAGUACAGGCAGGUGUGAGCUGGGCCCGGCAUAUCGACCGCGUUCUGUGUGCCAGAAGCGGGCCGUGUUGAAAUCCCCACUUCCCUUGUUCCACUGAGAAACCAGUGUGAAGGGCAGGGAGGUCCUCUGGGGGAGCGUGGGGUGGGAGGGGAGGUCUGCCCCCGGCCAGGCAGGGCUGCCGCGGUGCUAGCUCCAAGUCCAUCAGUAUUGACCCCGCUCGCCCCAUCUUGGCGCUCCAGAGUUCCAAGUUUCCCUUUUUCUUCAAGUCUGAUGAGAGAAGAAAUCGGGUGCGCUUGGCCUGGGGCCUAGUGAUGGUGGAAGGCCCCUCCCUUGAGCUCUGUGUUGGCUGCCAUGUUGUACUGGACUUUGUUCCCCCUCUUCUUCUCAUAUCAGUGUUGCCCCUCCCCCUCUGACUUUUACACUUCGUCUCAUUCCUGUUCUCACUUUUUCCUUGAAAUGAAUAAAGUCUCCCCAGCUCAGCUGUGUGGGCUGGGAGGAAGCCCCAGUUUGUAAACCUUGUCUUCUUCCCUCUGGGAGCUGAGGCUGGAGCUGCCCCACCCACCAGUGUCAGCCUCGGCAGCUCCGGAGAGAACCUGCCCGGAGGUGAGGAGAGCCCCAGACAAGGCAACAGGACACCUCGCAGCCCCUGCAGUCAUGAUAAAACUUCUGGGGUCCCAGACGGUCACCCUCAGCCUGCUGAAGCCACUCAGCUCGUGUUAAUCCUAAUCUGGGAGGUCUUUCCUGCUGGCUGUAAAUGAACCCCUUCUCCCUCACACAGCCAGUUCAGCCCCCAGAGGCGCAGGAUGCAUUCCAGAGCCCUGCUCUUCCUACCCUAGUCCCCAGCAGUCCAUCGGGAACAGAAGAGGAAGGCUGGGUGUUCUCCUGGGAGCUGAGGCUAUUUCAGGAAACCAUAGCAACAGGGAUCUGCAGUCCCUUCUCAUCACAGUUGCCAGUGCAGAAUCUAUGGUAGUUAAAGCCACAGCUUUGGAAAACACCGCUGGUUCCACCCUUCUUCCUCUACAUUGUCCCUCCAGCUCUGGACCUCUUCCCAAUGCUUUAAGGCAAGUCCAAACAAUUACAACCAGACCUGCACAGAAAUAUCUUUUAGACCCCACAGCAUUUUUCACCUUUAACCCUUCCUGUUUCUCUGGUCUCCUUUCAUUCAGUUUGAGAGUAAAACCUAGACUUAUAAGAGGAGGGAGUAUAUUUCCUACUUCUUAUCCCAGCCAAUCCCCAUAAGGUCCUAACUAGAAGUGUCGUUUAGCACAGCAGGAGUCCCUCACUUUCAGUAGCGUGGUGGUGAGGUGUGGCCACUGGGAAGAGGAGGGGUGGUCUGUUGGAAUCCAUGAACAUCUUAGACUGUACGCCAUUAAAAAGAGGCAGUUAUGUUAAUUACAGGUUCAUUUAAAUCCAGCUUAAACGAUAACAAAAAAGAGCCUUU